UGCCAGCAAUAGCAACCGACUAGAAAAAAAAAGAAGGAAAGCAAAGAGAAAAUAGUGGGGAGACAUCAGAGGGGAGAGAGGGAGAGAGAGAGGAAGGCUUCCUGUUGAAGACCACACAAUCCUCCAUUUUAAUCUCAGACAUAGACAGAGAAAGUAGAGAGAGAAACACAAGGAAGAGUGGAAAAGGUCGUUGCUUUUCGAUUGUUGGGUUCGGAUUCAGGAAACCCAUUUCGAAUUUGGAUCGGAAGAGGAAGGAAACCCUGUUGAUCAAACGCCAUGUCGUGCUCAUCUUCAUCCGGGUCGGAGGAGGACGAUGAGGGCAUCGACUCCUACAGGAAAGGAGGCUACCACGCCGUCAGGGUCGGCGAUCAGUUCAACGGCGGCCGCUACGUGGCGCAGAGGAAGCUGGGUUGGGGUGAGUUCUCCACCGUCUGGCUCGCUUACGACACCACCACCUCUACGUACGUUGCUCUUAAGAUUCAGAAAAGUGCAGCGCAGUUUGCUCAAGCUGCUCUUCAUGAGAUUGCAAUUCUUUCCAAUAUCGCAGACGGUGACCCCACGCACUCCAAGUGUGUUGUGCGGCUGAUUGACCAUUUUAAGCACGCAGGCCCGAACGGGCAGCAUCAGUGCAUGGUCCUUGAAUUUCUUGGUGAUAGCUUACUUCGGCUGAUCAAGCAUAACCGUUACAAAGGCCUUAAAUUAAAUAAAGUUAGGGAGAUCUGCAAAUGCAUAUUGAUAGGUCUCGACUAUUUGCAUGGAGAACUUGGUAUCAUCCACACUGACCUAAAACCUGAAAACAUCCUUCUUUGUAACACCAUCGAUCCUGCCAAAGAUCCAGUCAGGGCUGGCCUCACACCAAUUCUAGAAAGACCUGAAGGGAACCUAAACGGUGGAGCCACCAUGACUCUUAUUGAGAAAAAGUUGAAAAGGAGGGCAAGGAGGGCAGUUGCUAAGAUUUCGUUGAGAAGAGAAUCUAUGGGAGGUAAUGAACCUCCCAAGCCUGAAAGAAACCUAGAUGGGAUUGAUGUAAAGUGCAAGGUUGUUGAUUUCGGAAAUGGAUGUUGGGCCAACAAGCAACUUGCAGAAGAGAUUCAAACAAGGCAGUAUAGAGCUCCUGAAGUUAUACUGCGAUCUGGUUACUCAUACCCAGUUGAUAUGUGGUCAUUUGCCUGCACUGCAUUUGAACUUGCGACUGGCGACAUGUUGUUCGCUCCAAAGGUGGGACAAGGCUUUAGUGAGGAUGAGGACCACCUUGCAUUGAUGAUGGAACUCCUUGGAAAGAUGCCUCGAAAGGUAGCGAUUAGCGGAGCUCGUUCCAAGGACUUCUUUGACCGACAUGGUGAUCUAAAGAGAAUCCGAAGGCUGAAGUUUUGGUCACUUGAUAAAAUACUGAUGGAUAGGUACAAAUUUUCAGAGACCGAUGCUCGGGAGUUUGCAGAGUUCCUUUGUCCAAUUUUCGACUUCGCACCAGAGAAGCGGCCAACGGCCCAGCAGUGCCUGCAACAUCCGUGGAUCAAUCGCAGUACUUCGAACCAGAUCGAGACGAAAAGCAAGUCAAAUGUGGAAAAGGUGAAUGUUGGGAUGAGCAACCCGCAUAUUAAGGUUGGCAAGUGAAGAAAAAGAUUGAAGGAUGACGAUGCUGGCAACACCUACCACACCAUUUCUAAGGCUUCCGAACAACUCCACUCCGCACGCACGUACGACCCUAUUGAUUGCGAUUUAAUUUUGUUUGUUACUCGACUAAUAAGAAUCAUUAUUUUUUUAUUAACUAUAACUAUUAAGAGUUGUAAAUUAGUAACGAUUUUUGUGAGAAAAACAACGUCAAAAAAUUCGAUAGAGAAUUCGACUGUCGUUUUGGAUAUAUGCCCCUGGUGGCUUGUAUACACAUGUAUGUGUUCCCACACCUUGUAUACUGAUGAUGAUUGAUGA